GGAGUAGUCAAAUAGUCUACGACCAGAGAGAAGGAGAGAGGAAAACGAGAGAAGACCAACAACCCAAGCUCGGUUGGGGUUCCUGCCCCUCCAAACAAUUAUGCUCGUCUCCCCGCUGUCGCUUCCCCUCAGGUGUCCGUUCCCCGGUCGCUGAAUGGCGCUGGUUACCGUGCAACGUUCACCGACCCCCAGCACCAGCUCCAGCCCCUGCGUUUCGGAGUCCGGUAGUGGGGAGGAUGAUCGCCGCUCUCAGCCAAGGAGCAUCAGUGAAAGUUUCCUGACAGUUAAAGGAGCUGCUCUCUUCUUACCUCGAGGAAAUGGCUCCUCCUCUUCCUCUGCCUCUCGAUUCUCACAGCUGCGCAGCAAACAUGCAGGAGACAUCCAGCAGCAUCUACAAACCAUGUUCACUCUCCUCAGACCAGAGGACAACAUCAAACUGGCGGUCCGUUUGGAGAGCGCCCACACUCAGGUCACCCGCUACAUGGUGGUGGUUUCAACCAACGGUCGUCAGGACACAGAGGAGAGCGUGGUGCUGGGUAUGGAUUUCAGUCCAGUAGACAGCUCAUGUUCAGUGGGGCUGGUUUUGCCCUUAUGGAGCGACACGCUGAUACAUCUGGACGGGGAUGGGGGUUUCAGUGUGUCAACUGACAACAGAGUGCAUGUAUUCAAGCCCGUUUCUGUGCAGGCUAUGUGGUCAGCCCUCCAAUCACUCCAUAAAGCUUGUGAGGUGGCUCGUGGUCACAACUACUUCCCAGGCAGCUUGUUCCUCACUUGGGUCAGCUACUAUCAGAGUAGGGUCUCCUCUGACCAGACACGAAUCAACGAGUGGAAUGCCAUGCAGGACGUGCAGUCACACCGUGCCGAUUCACCCGUCCUCUUCUCUGACGUACCUACAGAAAGAGAACUGACAGAGCGUCAGAUCAAAACCAGUUUGAGGGAGAUCAUGAUGCAGAAAGACCUCGAGAAUGUCACCUGCAAAGAGAUCCGCACAGAGCUGGAAAUGCACAUGACAUGCAACCUGCGAGAGUUCAAGGAGUUUAUCGACAAUGAGAUGAUUGUCAUUCUGGGUCAGAUGGACAGCCCCACUGAGAUCUUUGAUCAUGUCUUCUUGGGAUCUGAGUGGAAUGCAUCCAAUUUGGACGAGUUGCAGAAGAGUGGUGUCCAGUACAUCCUGAAUGUAACAAGAGAGAUCGAUAACUUCUUCCCCGGUGUGUUUGAGUACCACAACAUCCGUGUUUAUGAUGAGGAGGCCACUGACCUGCUUGCCUAUUGGAAUGACACCUAUAAGUUUAUAUCUAGAGCCAAGAAAGCUGGAUCCAAGUGUCUGGUGCACUGUAAAAUGGGUAUAAGCCGCUCUGCAGCCACAGUGAUUGCCUAUGCCAUGAAGGAGUACGGCUGGGAUCUGAAAAAAGCCUUUGAUUAUGUUAAAGAACGUCGAACUGUGACCAAACCCAACCCCUCUUUUAUGAGACAGCUGGAGGAGUAUCAGGGCAUACUGCUGGCCAGCAAGCAGAGGCACAACAAACUGUGGCGUUCUCACUCUGAUAGUGACCUGUCUGAGCAUCAUGAGCCACUGUCUAAAUCCUACGCCCAGCCACACAGCCUGGGCCGCUCCGAUCCCCAUAACCAGGCCAGCAACACUAUGGGUCCCUCUGUGAAAGAGCUGCUGGAAUCACUGGGGACUUCGUCCAGCACUGGCAAAGCAACACACUCCACUAGCCAGCCUGAUACCGGCAUCCACUCCAAUCAGUUCAGCUCCUCAUCCUUCCAGGGGAAGGCAUCUCUGUCAGGUGACACUGAAGCUCAAAGCCUUGAGGCCCCUUCUUAUUCUGCUGUAGCCACGAUCAGCCAGCUGGGCCCCCCUUGUCCUGAGUCCACAGCUGGCUCUGUGUCUCCAUUAUCUCCUCCGCUCUCCAACGGCAUAAGUGACUCUGAGGUGCAGCCGUCAUCACCUCCUCUUUCCCAGCCAAGGGCAGCCACUUUGGUGCCUGAGCCUCAAAAGACAGACAUGGUAACUGUUGCACAAACUGUUUUGCUGGGCCAACCUCACCCGCCUCCAUCCCUUCACCACCUACCCCCCUCUCCAGCUCCGUCUCCGACUCCAGCCUGUGUAGAUGAGGUUAUCAAACCACAGAUGUCGUCCUGUUCUCUGCCUGUGAUUAAAUCGAUGCCAGAGUCAGUGCCUGAGCCCACAACAACACAAACACCAAGCACACAACAAGCUGAACCCCACGGUCUGCCUGCACCAGUGCCUGUCAGAAAACCAGACUGUGACCCACACAUGUGUGGCUCGUCUUUGGAUGGCUCAGCAGCCCAUCCUCCCAUCACUAGUGAUUUUAUCAGCUACCCCAGUGCCAUUCCACAAGACAACGAAAUGUUGUUCGGCCACAGCACGGAUCACAUUAACUUUUUCAGUGCCAGGGAAAAGUUCAAGGGAAUGACUGAAGAUGGUAAGACUCAAAGUGCUGCAGUACAGCAGUCAUCCCAGCUGAAGAGUUGUGGCAAGGAACAGCAAUCACUGCCUCAAGAGAUCUCCGCUAGUGAGGAAAAAAGAAAGCAAAACCCUGUGCAGGUCACAGUUGCAGUGCACACAGAGGCAACACCUCUUGGUCCUCUCAGCCAACUGGGUCACGAGGACCCCCAGGACCAGGAAGUGAGGAAGUCAAAUCAGGAAAUAGAGGACAGUUGUGUUUUUUCACAGAAGGAAGCUCAGAAUGUAAAAGAGGAAGCGAAAAACAAAGAAGACGAGGAGGCAGCUCCUACUCGUCUCUACAGCGAUUGGACAAGGGGCUCUGUGCGGCGUGUCACACGACAGCUGGAGCAGAGAAUGAAACAGGAGCAUGACUCUCCAUCACCCUCUUCAUCGCCGCCGUCCCUCCCCAGUAGCUCAUCAUGUUCUCAGUGGCGUCCAUCCGGUGCAACAAUGUCACAGGUGUCAGUGGAUAGCGCAGAGGAGGAUGAUGGGAAGUUUAGUCCAAUGAAGAGGGAGGGUGCUGAUGUAGUUGAGAUGGGAGAACAAGGAAAUGAUGACAGAAGCACAAAAGGACACAAAUUCCAGCCUGCUGAUACUCAAUCGCUCUCUACCUCUUCUUCUUUCCACCACUCAGCCCAGUCUCCCUUUGCCUCAGUGAACUUCCUGUGUUUGGAGGGCGUGACUGAACUCGAGUCGUGCACGGACAAGGAGGCCCCUCCCCAUGGUGACAUUAUUAUGAGGGAGACAUGGGCGACUUUGUGCGAGCUGGGCGCCUUUCUGCAGCAGGUCAGCGUGGGUGGAGCCCACAAGCCUAGGUGUGUGGACCAGGUUUUUGGCCUCAGUGCUGGAGCAACACGGAAGCGAGGUAGCAGCCUACAGAAGAGGGUCAGAGAGGUGGAAGCCAGGAUUCGCCAGGCAGGGCUGACCACUCCAUCCCUGAUGAAGCGAUCUGCAUCUCUGGCGAAGCUGGGCUGUCUGGAGCUGCUAGCCAAUGACCUGAGUGAGUGGGAGUUCAGCCGCUCAUCUGUAGCUCAGUCCUCAGCAGAACAUCCCAUCCAUACAGCUAAUGAUGACUCCAAGAAGCAGCGGGUCCACAACUCUCAUUCCUCAGCCAACCAGCAGCCUGAAGUUGUCAGCAUCGGCGCGGAGAGGCUUUCCGAAGCUGGAGAAACCUCAUCAGAAGUCUCUCCACCAUCAAAUCAGAGUCCACAAAGAUGUGAACUCCUUAACUCUGACCAAGACUCUCUGCUAUCGCCUGGGCUGACACUCAUAACAACAAGGCAGCAAUAUGGAAGGACUCACCCUCUGAGGCGGCUUAAGAAAAAAACUGUUAGUACCCUUUACCACACCAUGUAGCCCUCACCGUAUAUAUGUGUCUGUCUGUGUGUGGAUGUGUGUGUAUGUGUGAGAGAGGGAUCUUGUGCACCUGUGAGAAAAUAGAAAUUGAGUGCAUACAUUGGAUUCAUUCAGCAAAACAAACCAAUGCCUCUUGCCUUAAAGGAGAUGUUUAUUAGUUUGUGUAUGUUUUUCCACCUGCAGAUCUGCCAAGAGCCUCUGUGAAAUCUGAUCUGAGGUGCUUGUCUUGGUGCAAGAACAAUUACAAGGCUAUGAAGGUUCAUUUAAAGGAUUCAAAUUGAAAUAGACACUG